AUGGCAGCCUUACUAACUGCGACGCGCGCGCUAGACUAUGACGUCCUGUUGACGAACGAGGACAUCAAGUCACUCAAGCAUGACUGGCUCACUGAUAACAACAUAGCCUUCUGGGAAGAGUGGCUGGAGCGCGAGAUCCUCCCCAAGUAUCCGCAAGCUCGAAUUGUCCUCCUUCGACCGUCCAUGACCUUCCUCCUCAUGAAGGAGCCCGACCUCAAGUCUGUCAAAGAGGCCCUUCCCGACUUCUCCAAAGUCACCCACAUCUUCCUCCCUGUCAACGACGCGCGUAGUUUGACACAAGCCGAGACCGGGUCUCAUUGGUCACUGCUUCUCGUUUCCGUUAUUGACGGUGUUGCAUUCCACUAUGACUCCCUUGGCGGCGCCAACUAUAGCGAGGGCCGCAUGGCUGCUGACAAGCUGUCUCAGAUCCUGCAGAGACCUCUCCGAUAUCAGAAUAUCGAGGACUGUCCGCAGCAGGAGAAUGGAAGCGAUUGCGGCGUGUUCGUGUGCAUCCUCAUGCGCCAUCUCCUUGUGAAGCGCCUGCUCAAUGCCAACGCCCGAGAGAAGGUAUCCAUGAGCAUGGCCAACAAGAUGAUCGACUCGUACGGUGGAAGAAAGGAGAUGUUAAAGAUUAUCGAGACCCUACGCAAGGAAGGCGAGCGAAGACGCAGCGCCUCCCCCUACGCUAAGAGCUCAACCCCGCCUCGCAUCGAGUAG